AUGGAACAAGCUUUACAGGAAACUUUGGAGCGGACAGAUGGUAUUAUUGAAACCAUCGAGCAGCAGCCCCCUCCUUCGAGACUCUUGUCUAGUGAGGAAAAAUCUCUUCAUGAAAAACUGUAUGACAUUUAUGUUGAGGAAUGUGAAAAAGAUCCUGAGGCAGAGGGCCUUCAAAGCAAUGUCAACUUGCUAAAGAAACUUAUGAAGAAAGAGUCGUUGGCAUGUUUAGUGGUCAACCUGUACCCUGAAAAUCAGGGCUAUUCUCUCAAGCUCAAGGACAAACAUGGAGUCCUUGUAGAGCCCUUUCCAGUGAAAAGUGGGUCAUUUUCAGAGACUUUUCAUUUGCCUUAUGAUGUAGAGAAACUGCUCGAAUAUUUGGAUGCUGAAGAGUUACCUUCUCUUCUGAUUGAUAUCCUGAAAAAGUCUCCUGUGAAUGUUUUUCACCAUGGCUGUGUCAUAGCAGAAAUCCGAGACUACAGGCAGUGCAGAGACAACAUCUACCCUCCUGGGGAGCUUUGUGCAGAGCCCGCUGUGUCACCCGCUGAGUCUUCUGCCUACCAAACACGGCAUGUUCUAUUGCGUCCCAUGAUGUAUCACAGUGAUGUGGAGUCCAUAACAUGUGAUAACCAUCAGUGGACUGAGGAAGAGAAACUUGAGCUGAAGAAGCAACUGAUUUUAGCUACAGAGGACCCCUCUGUUGCUGUCACCUACACAGCCAAUGACCUGCUGUUUAAUGAGCAGAAGAUGAUGACAGACUCCAUGAGACAAGGCUUCAAGAGGCAUGCAUGCCCCUCUAUGGAUCAACAGGAGGUACCAUCUGGCUGUAUUUGUCCCCCUGGCCUCACAACAAUGACUCCUUUCAAAAAACAGGCAAAAAUAAGAACAGAUGACCCAUAUGACCUGAAUAUUGCUGGAGCAGAAACACGGAAGCAGAGACUCCGUGAGCUGACUAUGCCUUCAGAGAUGGAUAUGCAGAAAUACGUUAAAGGGAUGCCAUCUCUGCUCUUUGAUGAUGAAGAACCAAGCGUACUGGCAACUCCUGAGGUAAACUAUGAUUAUAUGUGUGAUAACGAGGAUGGCAAUCAGCUAUGGGAAAUGAAUCCAGAUAUCAUGAAGUCCCUUAAUGAACCACUUUUCUCUGCUGAAAUAGGGCCACUUCCAGAGGACAGAAGUGAUAGCCACAUGUAUCUGCCUCACAUCUCACUGGAUGAUUAUUCAGAUGAGUUCAUGGCUAGGGUAAACACUGGGCCUAGGGAAACAGUGGGUGUGUACCAGGGAUCUGUCCAGAGCAAAGCCACAUGUCCAGGCAAGAUCCCUCAGAGGUCUAGUAGCUCAGUCCGUCCUCCUCAGCCCUCCCUGGGGAUGAACCCCACAAGCAGUCUGGUGCCAUCCUUAGAGAAGGAAAGCAGCCUUCCACUAGGUGCACUUGCUCCCAUCUCAAGACGGGGCUCCUCAGCUAUCAGCUGUGAUCGAGACACACCAUCUGACUCUAAGGCAAUCCCUGUGGUCCAGCAGACCACUGUGAGAGAGAGCAGGGUUAGCACCCUUCCUGAAGCUGGCCAAUCCAAUGUGAGGUCAUCAGAAACCAACCCAAAGGCCCAGCACUCCCCCAGAACCACUGGUGUGAAUCUGAUCGAUAUGGUAAAGUCUGUGCCAAAACCUCGUCUGGAUUGA